GUGCUUAAAUACGGGACAGAUGAGAGCGGAGGUACAGCAGAAGCCGGUACUGCGGUCAGCCUACACUCUCACCUGACUACUUCGGAACAGUAAUCCUAUAAAGAUGAUCAAAGCGGUGUUGUCGGUACUCUUGGUCCUUGUGGCUGUGUCCUCGACCUUUGGGAAAUAUGCACCUAAAGCUGGCAAGAGGGUCCCUCAGACUAUGUCAAGAGGAUGGGGAGAUCAGCUGAUCUGGGCUCAAACUUACGAAGAGGCUCUCUACUGGUCCAGGUCAAGGAACAAACCUCUGAUGGUCAUCUUUCACCUUGAAGAUUGCCCGCACAGCCAGUCACUAAAGAAGGUUUUCUCUGAAGACAACGAGAUCCAGAGAUCUCUUGAUGAAGACUUCAUCACCCUCAAUCUGGUGUAUGAAACCACAGAUAAACAUCUCUCUCCUGAUGGACAGUAUGUUCCCAGAAUCAUCUUUGUUGACCCAACAAUGACAGUGAGGGCUGACAUCACUGGUCGCUAUGCCAACCGCAUGUAUGCCUAUGAACCAAGUGACCUGAAACUCUUGAAGAGCAACAUGCAGAAGGCUAAGAAGCUCUUGAAAUCGGAGCUGUGAGCAUGAGGACAAGACGCACUCUCAAUUUAUGACCCUGCAUCAGAUUGUAUCAUCAGCACAGAUGCCAAUAACAUUCUGUGACUACAGUUUACACAAAGAAAACUAAGCAAUGGAAAGUUUCCACUCUUCACCUUCACUUAAAAUGUUUCCUCUUUGAAGUUAGUUCCUGAUUCUUACUUCUGGUAUUAUUUCUGUACAUCCGGAGUAUUUUUUAAAUAAAUAU